CAUGAUACAAUGGAUUUAUUAAAGAAGCUUCAAUCGAACGAAAUAAACUCGAGGAAAUACUCAUCUUUUGUACUUUUGCAGUUGUCAUCCACCAAGGGGUUCCACGCUUCUUACACCCUACUAUUCCUUCUAUCAGUUGCACCCAAUAACAUCAUGUGGGUUCCAAAAUUUCCUAUUUGGUAGCAUGAAGUUAGAGAAACGAAAGACAUUCCAGGGAAGACGCAAUCAACACCCUUCUUACACUUGAACCUGAAUAGAUACGUUUUCACAAUCCCCAGGAUGGUACAUUUUAUAUCCUCAAUAUUAUCGCCAAUCACUACUAGAUGCCUGAGACAUUCUUUAGUCGCACGUAUAUGUACCAGUCACUUGCCAAAGACCAAAUAGUAGCACAAGGUGUUGG